UUUUUUUGGUUUUGCUUCAAGACAACAAACUCUGUUGCUUGUGCUCCACGACGCGCUGACGCCGACAAAGAAAACCACCUAAUUGGCAACAACAAGACGAGCAAUAAGACAAAGAAGACGAAAAGAUGUUCGACUAUAUGGACCUUCAGGUGUUCGGCAGCGCGGAGCCGGCGGUGACGGCCGGCAGCCCGGACUGCACAGGCCGGCGUCGCCUGGAGCGUCACUCGGAGCAAAACCGCCGUGGGCAGCGGCGCAGUGCGGCCGAACAUCCCGAGCUCUUCCCCGGACACUGGCAGUCCGUGGUAAACCCCAGCAGCUUGCCCAGUUGCGAGCACGCGUUGAGCAACUGCGCCGCCUCCCCUCCGCCACCUCGCACCUACAAACCCUGCUUCAUCUGCCAGGACAAGUCAUCAGGGUACCACUACGGAGUCAGCGCCUGUGAGGGCUGCAAGGGUUUCUUUCGCCGCAGCGUCCAGAAGAAAAUGUCUUACACGUGUCAGCGAGACAGGAAGUGUGUCAUCACCAAGGUGACCAGGAACACGUGUCAGUACUGCAGGCUACACAAGUGUUUGGCUGUCGGCAUGUCCCAACAAUCGGUGAGGAAUGACAGAACGAGUCAGAAGAAGGCCAAGAAGGAGGACGAGGUUCCAAAGAUGGCCAUCGGCGACACGUACGAGAUGACGGCCGAGCUGGACGCCAUCGUGGAGAAGAUCUGCAGGGCACACAGGGACACGUUCCCACCUCUGCGCCAACUCGGACAAUACACCACAAAGUCCAGCUCUGAGCAGAGGAUCCGGUUGGACUUGGGUCUUUGGGACAAGUUCAGCGAGCUGGCCACCAGGUGCAUCGUCAAGGUGGUCGAGUUUGCCAAGAGGGUGCCCGGGUUUACCAGCCUCCACAUGGCCGACCAGAUCACCCUGCUUAGGGCCGCCUGCCUGGACAUGCUGAUUCUGAGGAUUUGUGCUCGCUACACACCCGACAAGGACACCAUGACCUUCUCGGACGGCCUGACCCUAACGCGAACUCAGAUCCACAAUGCCGGCUUUGGGCCGCUCACAGAUCCGGUUUUCACCUUCGCUGGACAGAUGGUGCCUCUGGAGAUGGAUGAUGUCGAGAGCGGACUCCUCAGCGCCAUCUGCCUCGUCUCCGGGGAUCGGCAGGACCUGAAGGAGCCGUCCAAGGUGGAGGUUCUACAGGAGCCUCUGCUGGAGGCACUGAAAAUCUACUCGCGAAAACGUCGACCCAGUGCACAACUCCUGUUCCCCAGGGCGCUCAUGAAGAUAACAGACUUGCGCAACAUCAGCGCAAAAGGAGCUGAGCGUGUGGUCACACUGAAGAUGGAAAUCCCAGGCGCCAUGCCACCUCUGAUUCAGGAGAUGCUGGACGAGGUCCCGGAAAACAAAGACGAUAGCCAACUCUCGGACGGUCGAGGGAUGAGCUCGUCAACUUGACCAUCUCAGGAAACAACAAGAAAAAAAGCUAACCUUUUCUAAGAUUUUCCGUAUGUAUUUAUAUUGCUCAUACAGCUCAUGGAUCUAUUUUACCUCAUGUUAAAUGUCAGGGUUAGCUUCUGGACACUUUGCACCUUUUACAGGCAUUAAAAAGGUCCAAAAUGGUCACGAGCGAAAGAAGCAGUAUUACGGUCCCAUUCCUUUGGGUACUAAACUCCAGUUUCCACAGAGUAGCAAGUAUAAAAUCUGCUCUGUGACACUUUUGGGCGCCAUCAAAAAAGGGCGGGGCUCGACACAAUGCUACGUUUUGAUUGGUGUCCCAAGAAUGAGCACUUGCAAUUGGGUCAUGAAGACAAAAAAAAAAAAGACCAUCUUCACUUUUUUUUGUGAAGUUUACAUUUGACAAGUGAUAAGAAUGUACCUGUACAUU